CUACAGACACACAUACACACAGAGCCAUGGCCGAGAACGCCGGCUUGGAAAACCAUCGCAUUAAGAGCUUUAAAAACAAGGGGCGAGAUGUGGAGACGAUGCGAAGACAUCGCAAUGAAGUGACGGUAGAACUGAGAAAGAACAAAAGAGACGAGCAUCUCCUGAAGAAACGAAAUGUUCCGCAGGAAGAGAGUCUGGAAGAUUCUGAUGUGGACUCUGAUUUCAAAGGGCAAAAUGUAACGCUAGAUGCCAUUUUACAGAACGCCACCAGUGACAAUGCAGUGGUGCAGCUCAGUGCAGUGCAAGCAGCCAGAAAAUUGCUCUCAAGUGACAGAAAUCCCCCCAUAGAUGACUUGAUAAAAUGUGGAAUCCUUCCAAUCUUAGUCAAAUGCCUGGAGAGUGAUGACAAUCCUUCAUUGCAGUUUGAAGCUGCCUGGGCUUUGACCAACAUUGCAUCAGGGACGUCUGCGCAGACUCAGGCAGUGGUCAAAUCCAAUGCUGUCCCAUUGUUUUUGAGACUUCUCCACUCUCCUCAUCAGAAUGUGUGUGAGCAGGCCGUGUGGGCGCUGGGAAACAUCAUUGGUGAUGGGCCUCAGUGUCGAGAUUACGUUAUCUCGCUCGGCGUGGUCAAACCUCUCUUGUCGUUUAUUAAUCCUUCCAUCCCCAUAACCUUCUUGAGAAAUGUUACCUGGGUCAUUGUCAACCUGUGCCGAAACAAAGACCCACCCCCACCUAUGGAAACAGUACAAGAGAUUCUUCCUGCCCUUUGUGUACUCAUAUAUCAUACAGAUAUAAAUAUUCUGGUAGACACAGUGUGGGCUCUGUCCUAUCUGACAGAUGGAGGUAACGAGCAGAUUCAGAUGGUAAUAGACUCAGGUGUCGUCCCCUUCCUUGUUCCACUGCUCAGCCACCAAGAGGUCAAAGUUCAGACUGCGGCGCUGAGAGCGGUGGGGAACAUUGUAACAGGGACGGAUGAGCAGACUCAGGUGGUGCUCAACUGUGAUGUCCUCUCUCACUUUCCCAACCUGCUCACACACCCCAAAGAGAAGAUCAACAAGGAGGCAGUGUGGUUCCUGUCCAAUAUAACAGCAGGUAACCAGCAGCAGGUGCAGGCUGUAAUAGAUGCUGGUCUCAUACCCAUGAUCAUUCACCAGCUUGCCAAGGGUGAUUUUGGAACACAGAAGGAGGCUGCAUGGGCCAUUAGCAACUUGACAAUAAGUGGAAGAAAGGAUCAGGUGGAGUACUUAGUGCAGCAAAAUGUGAUCCCGCCCUUCUGCAACCUGCUGUCAGUGAAAGACUCUCAGGUGGUCCAGGUGGUUCUCGAUGGACUGAAAAACAUCCUCAUCAUGGCUGGGGAGGAAGCCAGCACAAUUGCUGAGAUCAUUGAAGAGUGUGGAGGAUUGGAAAAAAUCGAGAACCUACAGCAGCAUGAAAAUGAGGACAUCUAUAAACUUGCAUUUGAAAUCAUCGAUCAGUACUUUUCAGGAGACGAUAUUGAUGAGGACCCCAGCCUGAUUCCUGGUGCCACCCAGGGAGGCACAUUUAACUUUGAUCCAUCCUCCAACCUACAAACCAAGGAGUUCAAGUUCUAGACAACCGGAGCUUCGAACUUAGGAAUGGUGGGUUUCCCAGCUGCUCCUCAACCCCUGCCACCUACUGACCCAUCAUCUAUCCAACCACUCACUAACCAGAAAAACCAACCAAUCACCAUGCUCAGAAACGACACUCACUCACACAGAAGAAACUAGCACUGAAGGAUCUGAGUCUCAACGCCACUCAAAAUAUGGAUGGAUCUCGACAACCUCAAGACAUGGAAGAAAAAAAAGAACAAGACUCAUUAUACUGCAGUUGCCAAAAAACAAAACAA